UGGGGGUGGGGGAGACUGUAUAAGAAUGUGCCCCUCAUCCCCUGCGCACACACACACGCCUCCGGUCUCCAUGGAGCGAGCCCUUUCCCCGGCUGCCUUCCCGGAUUGCUGUGCCUUUUAUCCGGCUCCAUGCACCAAGUUCCGUCAGGCGGCUCCAGCCGGGAAGCGGGACUUCACGGUGGAGUUCCUACUCUCCAAGCCUCCCCCCGGGAGAGCAGCCUGCACUGAGCACAGCCUCCAGCCCUACCCCUGUGUCCCACUGCCGGCCUGCUGCCCUGCCCUCUGCCAGUCUCCAGGAUACUACCCUCCACUCUGGCACAGCUGCUUCGCCAUGUACCGUGCAGAUUGGAGGUUCAGUCCAGCUCCCCUGGUGUGUCCCAGCCCUGCCAGACAGGUCAAGUUAAAACGCUACAGAGCUAUCUUCACCCAAGAGCAGCUCGCAGUGUUGGAGAGGGAGUUCAAGAAAAACCACUACAUCGUCGGUCCUCAGAGGGUGACCUUAGCUGCUGCUGUGGGCCUUACAGUACUCCAGGUGAAGGUCUGGUUUCAAAACAGGCGGAUCAAGUGGAAGAGAGACACUGAGAAAUGUCAAACUGGACGAGUGGUGUGUGAGGAAGGGGACGUGGAAGAUUCUCAAGAUGGACACUGACCCAUUAACCACAGGAAAGGGAAGCGAUCUCCCAGAGAGGGAAGUGUCUGAUCCUCUGCAAACAUCAGUCAUUUGGGGAUUUCCAUUUGUUCAAUUUCACGUUUUCUCAAAUGAACUGUUAUACUUCUGUACACAAAAGAAACUGAGACUCGUUAAACAAAAUUGAUCGUCUUAUGAAUGUCUGGUUGGGUGUAUGGAGCUCCGUUCUAUGGAGAUGUGGACUAACUUAAUUAUAAAUCACGGUUGAUCAGGAUCCCUUGUUUGCUUGUGAUUUGUGACUCCAGGUUUAAGUGAUUCCCUUGUUCACAUUUGCAGAUAUUUUAAUCAUUUUUAAACAUGUCAUUAUGACGCACCUCUGGAAUAAGUGGGACUUGAACCCUGCCUUCUGUGUUCUUAUUUGUGUUUGCACACCCUACAAGGUUGUAGUCACAUUGACGUUUGAGAUCAUUGCAUUCGAAGGUCCAGAAGACCAGCAAUGCAAAGCUGAAUGCAAUGAAGAGGGCAUGAACCCUUUGUGGUGGUCAUUAUAGGGGCUUGGUGCAAUGUAAUGAAAGGCAGAGAUUGCAGUCAGUAAGGGUUAAGGCUUUCUAUGAAUGAGCUGGGAAAGGGCAUGACAAGUAGUGCAGCAAUGGAUAUUGGAGAUGUGCUGGAAUAUCCUUAAGAAAUGGCUGGGGUAGAAGUCCCAAAUUAGUCUUGUUCCUCUGACUCCUUAGAUAGAAUAGUAUUUCAGUCUCUGGAACCUCUUCCACAACUCAUUUAGCUAAUGGUCUAUCUCUACAUCAAUUGCUCACCUUUUCAAAUAUAUUGAUGCCUUUAUUUAAUCUUUAAAUUUCUGUCUAAUUACAUUAUUUCAGAAGCACAGUUUGUGCUGCAUUUGAUCCUUGACCCAUCAGUCUUGCUGCUUUUGGCCUUUUCAUGGUAUUUUUAUUCAUUUUUGAUUUAGAUCUGACUAGAGAAUAAAUUACCAAAUCAUUGAGUCAGAAAAUGCUGAUUUAAAUUUCUUAUUUUGACAGAGAACAGAGAAUCUGAAUCAAGUCCUUAAUGAAAAAUAACCUUGGUCUUCCCAGUCACAUCAAAUACUGAGAGUACUGGGCUAAAUGAACCAAAUGGCAAAAUAUUCUCCUGAUCUUUGCAAAAUCAUAAAACUGGUGUAAAAAGGCAGGUAUUAUUUCUGAGGGAACUCCUGGCUUUUUACAUUCAAUUCACAUAUUCCAUUCUCAUUAAUAUGAUCGUUCCCCUCUUGUUAUUCCAUCUGCAAACUAAAUAAGUAACCAACUCUCUUGCACUCCGGGAGCUGUAAUUAUCAUUAACUGUGAGUCCAAUUCCUUCUUAAGGGUAGUCCAAAAAUAAUUUUAAUAAUUAGCCAUUUAUGGAGCAAUCAACAAAGCUCAUAGCCAAACCUCUGGGGCAUAUUGUCAUCACAAACACUCACAUUUUAAUUUAGUUACUGUUUCCUUUGAUUUAUUUGCUAUCUGGCUAUUUACUGUUUUCAUUUCUUUUAUUUGGCUUGAUGACCAUUGCCCUCAUGGUCAAUGAAAAGAGAUUUUGUUUUCUUUACAAAUAGGCAUUUGACCGAACAACAGAGAAAAAUCGAACAUUAUAGCAUCGAUCACUUUAUCCAGGGGAAUAAAUGCUCGUCCAACCAAUUAUACUCACACCCCAUGAAUGAAUAUGUAAUAUAUUUGUUUAAACUAUCAGUUUUAUUAUAAUA